AUGACUAAAAUAGGAUAUCCGCAUGACGAAUAUGAUAUCUUAGAGGAUAUAGGCAACGGAUCGUUUGGUUCCGUGCAGAAAGCCAAGAGCAAAGCAACAUCAAAGAUUGUCGCCAUCAAAACGAUGAAGAGAAAAUUCGACAACGUUGCAGAGUGCGAAAAGCUCCUGGAAUCGAGAUUAUUGACACUUUUACCACCUCAUCAGAACGUUGUUCAACUGUAUGAUACCUUUUAUACGCCAGAAAACGAUUUAUGUUUUGUGAUGGAAUACAUGGAAGGCGGCAAUCUGUACCAGCUAAUGAAUCAACGACGGAAAGCCAAUGAAGUAUUCUCAAUUGACGAACUACGGCACAUAUUUUAUCAAAUAUUGUCUGCCGUUGCGCACAUACACAGCCAUGGCAUAUUCCACAGGGAUAUGAAACCCGAAAAUCUGCUCAUCAGUUUUCCAUCCUCCAGCGGGGAACCGGUUAUCAAACUCGCUGAUUUCGGGCUUGCCAGAGAGCUUCAAAGCAAUCCACCCUAUACCGAAUACGUGAGCACUCGAUGGUAUCGGGCACCUGAGGUGUUACUGCGAUCCACCAGCUAUUCUUCCGCGGUAGAUCUGUGGGCUAUAGGCGCUAUCUUUGCUGAGCUUAUUACUCUUCAUCCUCUAUUUCCUGGCGAAUCGGAGAUUGAUCAGUUAUACCGAAUAUGCGAAUUGAUGGGAAGUCCUGGGAACAAUAGACCUUUCUUACGAAAAGGCUCCAUCAAACCGGAAAAGCGUCUGAGUCCUGGCUUUGCACGAAAGAAAUUGCCCACCCCCUCUCCACUGGAUCGACGUCGCUCUAUCAGCUCAGUACCAGCACGUCCAUCGGACGGUAUUGUGAAUGAAUGGCGUGAAGGUGUAAAACUAGCUCACAAGAUUGGCUUUGAAUUUCCUCAGUUACCGCCGAAGCCGUUGAUUUCCGUCCUACCUACUGCCACAGCAUCCAUGCUUGAUCUUAUUCGUCAAUUUUUAUGCUUCAACCCAACGCAGCGACUAAAAGCGGCGGAAGCACUCAAUCAUCCUUUCUUUACCGAUAGCUCUGAACAACCAGUUCCAAAUACGAAUUCUUUAUCGCAUGGAUUCCGCAUUCUUAAUGAUACGUUGGAUACCGACUACAGAAUGGAUAUGCUGUCCACAAGUGCCCCCGAGAUGUUGACGCAACCUAUAUACCCUGAUUCGGAAUCAAGUUAUCGUCAGCAGCACGAAUGGGUUCCUAGUGAUCUACGCUUCGAAGUACGACAGUCGAGCGGCAGCAAAACCUCUAGUGAUUCCUCGGGAUUCGAAGACAGAAUACAUACCCUGGUGGAUAAAAUCGACGAUGCACUAAAUGACGACCCGCUUUUAAGCAAUGAUAUUUUACAGAAUCAAGCAUCCUUGGGAUCGGGAAAACAUAUACCAUCACCUUCAAGUGGUUGUUCUAUCGAUCAGCAUAGUUCAUGGAGAACCAGCCCUGUCAUGAUUGAAAACAGUUCGCAGCGGUAUGCUCUACAUGAUUCAGCAAAAUCUCGGCCUUAUAUUACGAUUGAUGGACCGGAGAUUCACAACUUCGAUUCCAUGAAGCGAGAAAAAUGGCCGGUGCAUGACGGACGACCCUAUACAAAGCGCCGUAGCCAUGGCUAUGAACGGAGUGAACAACAUACGCAUCGUCAAUUAGGAUUCCAUUUACAAAAUAACUCCAACUGCAGCCUCGAUUCGCUGUCGCACGAUAUGUGGAAUUCGAGUAUCUCACUUCCGGGUACCGACCCUAUAGCAGUGAAUAACCUUCAGCGAUCACCCAUCAUGUUACCGGAAGAAAGACUGAGAGAUACGACUACCACCGAUCCGGUAUGGUCUUUUACCCGUCGUACCGGUUCUAGGGCCUCUCACGGUUCGUCUGUUCCAUCCCUGACCUAUGGAUCAAUAUCAGAUCAAACCAUGAACGACAUAUCCUAUGAGUACGAAGAGCAGCACAGGAACGACAGCAGUGACGUUGGUAGUCAAAACAACGAGUGGCCGUGGUUAAAGGUCUUGUAA